UUAUAAGUUUUACUUGACAAUUAUGCAGUUUCAAAUUUUAAUUUCGGUCGUCUUCCGAUAAUAGUAAAUGUGUAAAAUAUUAUUUUUGAUUAUAUGUUUUCGAAACUGUUUAAGUUGUUAGAAUGUUUUAAAACGACUUUACAUUUUUACAAUCUUCGACAGAUCUAAAUAAACAUAAUGGAAAUUGCCAGUGCAAAGGCACGUCACCAUAGAGUGGUGUUGUGUGUACUUGGAGCUAGCAAUUUGGCAUCACUUUUGGCUGCGCUUCAUCUAGUUAUUCACCUUAAUCCAGAAGAUAAAAUAUCAAUAAAACGCGGAACAGCGCUCACAUUGUUGGGCUUCGUCUAUUUUAUGACACUGUUCGAACUAUUCAACGUAGCGGCUCUCUUCACUACUCUCGGAGCGAAGUUUAGACACAAGUUCAGAUUGAGUUCGGGCGAUGUACUCGAUAUUACAAACAAAUUAGUAUCAGCUGUGCAAGCAGCGUUUUCUUGUGCGACCGGCGUGGUAGUUUGUCUCUGGUCAUGUACAAGAGAUCUGAUGCGGUCCUCACAUUACAUUUCCGAAGCCUACGCGUGGUUCGGUGCGGCCUAUUUCUUUUAUGACAUAUGGUCUAUGUACAUGGUACAUGUACACAUGACCACCAACUCAAACAGCACUCAAUCGACGAAGAAGUCCCUUCCAUCUGGUGACGCGUUGGAGUCUCCAAAGAAACCCUCAUUUUUUGCUUACUGCAAACAUGAGCCAGUGAUUCUGAUGCACCAUCUGUUCAUUGGUGCCUUCGGAUUUCUAGUCAUUGUCUACUUUCGCGGUGGGCUGGGCGAUUGUGUAUUCGGAUUCGUCUACCUCAUGGAGCUAUCCACUCCAUUCGUUUCGCUUCGAGGCAUUCUCUCCCGUCUUCAACUCAAGAAGUCUCCAGUUUACGUGUACAAUGGACUGGCGAUGUUGGCCACCUUUCUGGUGUGUCGUGUGCUGAGUCUGCCGUAUGUGUGCCUGCUCUACAGUCGAGCUGCUAGUAUGACGUAUUUUGAGGCUAUAAAAUCCCUACCCACGGGUUGUAAGGUAUCCAUCUGCAUCUUACUCUUACCCCAGAUUUAUUGGUUCUACCUCAUGUCAGCUGGAGCUCUGAAACUCUUCUUCAAACGAGACCCCGUUAAACGUAGUUGAUUAUACAAUAUUCCUCUGAUUUAGAUUUUAGGACGUUUAACGCGCGUAUGAUGCUCGCAUGCGUUAAUAUAUAAUGUAUUCGCAUAAAGCAUGUCGAGCUGUAGGCUUAUAUUACAAUACAAUAACCUAGUCCCUAUAAACGCUAAUAAUAUACACGUCAAAAUACGUACUCAUACGCUACCAACGUAUACGUACAGUUUGUGACUAUUUCUCUCAAUACGUUAAACCUUGAAAAGGAGAUAAUUGACAUUUGAGAAUAUCUUAUGGAAAUGCUAGUCUGACGGUGUAUUGAGAAUUUAAUAUUUCUGUUUUAUAAAGUUGUGUUUAUAGCUUAGUUAAAAGAGCAAAUUAUUUUCUUAUUUGGCUUUCUAAAUGAAUCUGAAUUCUAUCUCUUUCUUGCACGAUAAAAUAUGGUAAUAACUACGAGGUUCCAGCAUAGUAUUAUUUGUUAGUAGCACAAAUUGUCUACAUUGAAGUUAUUGCUCAUACAAUUUAUAUACAAACAAACGCACGAGCCGUUGAAAUUGUAUGAGAAAUAACAUCCGCUUGUAUACGGACAAUGCUACGUAAUUUUUGUGCGAAUAAACUUUGUGUUAGAUAUUUCUCGUGUAGUUUUCAAAUAUUUCUUAGUAUUUUCUCGUAAUAACCUUUUUAUUACACGAUGAGCUUACAAAGUUCAUUAAUCUGAGCUUAUAUUAUCGAAUAUUAACAGUGUUAAUCAUAGACUAUUAUUUCUGGUUACCGAUAAUUAAUAAUAUACCAAUUGUUAUAUUGUAUAUAAAACUCAUUAACAUUGAAGCCACUAUUUUCCUCGUGUUUCGAUCUAUACGGAGUAUGAAAUUAGUAUAAGGCUUUUUAUGAUAACGAUGGUUCAAAGUGGUGUCAUAUAAAUAUAAGAAAAUGGUUUAAGAGGCUCUGCAGUAAGAAUUUGAAUUACGGCCGGAAAGAUAAUUGGGGUUUUCACCCAAAAUGAUUAUUUUGAUGUAAUAGUGAUUGAAUUCCCCAAAAACAACUUCGAAUUGUGAAACAAAAUUAAUUGUUUCUGGAUUAAAAUUAUUUUGGAUCUGUAAUCAAGGAUUAUAAUAUAGUUAAAUAAUUUCAUAAGUGCUUAUGAUAUUAUAUAAUAUGUAUUUGAAAUAUUUUCCUUAUAAAUGAUACAGAUUUCGAAAUUUGUAAUGGCUAACGUCCGCAUUCGUAACUCAACUCAUCAUUCCAUUGAACUUGGGAUCGUGAUUUCGAACGCUAGGUAGUCUAAUCGGACAGUUACCUGUAGACGGUGAGUGAAACUAUGAAUCCAAUUGCUAUUUACGAGCUGUAGAUUUACCUAUAAAGAGAAGAGCUGUGAUUGAUUCCAAGCCAUGAAUUUCUACAUAAGAACUUACGAAAUUACGUACGUACGAACCUAAGUACGUACGUAUGUAGUUCUUGGCGCAUGAAGAAAUAGUUGUUUCACAAUAUCAUAAACAUUAUUACCGAUUUUGAAGUACUUUAAUCCAAAUUAACGGUCACUUAGAGCUUAAAAAUUAUUUGUUGUUCAAAAAUAAAUUACUAAAGUUAUAGGCCUAGCGUUUGUUAAAAUUUCAUAGAUUUAUUCUGUGUUUAAAGCACUGUUUUCAUUUCUUUGAGUAAAAGAGUAUAUUUAUGAUCGUGUACGUGUGUUGUCUAAGAUUUUUAACCAAUACUUUUUAUUAAUUAAAAAUAACUUGUCGAAUUAAACAUACAACGUAGUUGUAUACUGAAUGUGUUUAUAUAGUAGAGGAUUUGGCUUUGAUAAUUAAAACUUGGUACAAUAAUUGCUUGUUUUGUGAACUGUUUUAAUAUAAAUUGUUUCGAUGGCUGUGUGGGCAUGUCAAAGUUUUGGUUAUGGUUGAUAACAGUGGUUUGGAUAAUAGGGUAAAGGAAUAAAAAUGAGUUAGUAUCUAGUUCUUAAAUUGGUUUUAAUGCUAUGGUGGUUUUUUGCAAUGCAGUAAUACCAGUAUUUUCAUUUAUUGCGUUUACUUACGUUUAUAUUCUUUUACUUUGAAUAGCAUCGUUUUUUUACACUUUAUAUAAAUUUCAAUACCAUUUAUUGUGAUAUUAUUUUAAAUAAUGACGCACAACACUACCAGUGUAGUAUAGGAUAUUCAUAUAAGAAGGAUUAAACCCAAGCAUCCAUAGUCAGAGACAAGUUAAGGGUCCCUAAUCUGUCAAAACCAUAAACCACGUUUUAUUAAUUUUAGAAAAGGAAUGACUUAAAACAAUAUCUCACAUAGGAGACAGGGCAGAUAAGUUUUGUAUUCAUAUGAUCAAUAAAAGCCUUAUUUAUAAGAAUUAUAAAUAAUUCUUCCAUUAUUUGCCGAGUCAAAAAAGAUAGAGGAGUUCGUAUAGUGUCUUUGAAUAUUAUCCGCAUUUCGCUUCAAAGCUUGAAGAAAAUAUUGUAUUGAUUUUUAAAAUUUGUUUUAUACUGCUUGACGUUACAACGUACUUUCCGACCACCUUGGCCACUAUUUAUUGAUAUAACGGGUAUAUACGAGGUAAUUCGAAAUGUCUUAUGAAUAUUUGUAUAUCUAUCGUAUAGUUGCUUUACCAACCCACCUCUAAAGCUUUUAUAAUUUAAUAAUUAAUAUAACUAUUAUAUUUUAGCAAAUUUGUCUAAUGCUUAUAAUUUUAAAGUUGGUAAAGCAAUUUUGUGAGUGUAGAACAUUGUUUUAGGUCUCUCAUGAUAGAUUAAUGUAUAGAACGGUGCUUUCUUAUCGUGUUGUAGUUGUAUUGGACGUCUAGAGCUAACUUUGCCCCAAUCUUCUAAUAAGCUUGUUAAAUUAUUUAAAAAAUUGAAUUUGCUAAAGUAAAUUUUGGAAUUACGUACUAUCAACGUUCGACAAUUAUCACGCGACUUUCUACAUUUUUAUUGAGCACCAAAUAUAAGUUAUUUUUUUUAAUUCUAGUAAUUUCUAAAUUAAAUAUCGCUUUUGCCUGUGGUACCUAUUAUUUUGAGAUGGGUAUUCAUGUCCUUCGUAUUCUUAAGCGCUUGAUUUAAUUUUAGACAUAAAAUAGAAAGAAUCAGUCCGAAAAAAUUUGAUUGUAUAAUAAUAUAAUGAGCUGAAUACUAAAUGUUAAAUUCGGGUAAAGUUAGCGAUUUGUUAUUUGUAUUAGAUCUGAGUGGGUUAAGGUAACGUUUUCCUCUAUGAUGAUACUUCCACUUUUCACUUUGCAUUUUAUAUUAUUUUAUGAAUAUAUGUUAGAUGGAUUUUAUAAUUAUGCAUUUUUUCACAUUAAACAUAAUUUAACUGUUGCCAAUAGAUAUAAAAGAAAGAUUCCAUCUAAUAUUAAUUUACAGCUGUGAUUGCAUUAAUUUUAAUUGAAAAUAUAAAACUGUGUAUGAUAACAAACGUGGACGGAAAAAAUAUUGGAAUGCAAAUAUUAAAACAUUUAAUUUGUAGUACUAAAAUUGUAGACUAAACCAGUCUAAUAUUUUUACGUUAUUUCGAAAUUACCAGAGACAAUAAAAAAAAAACAUUAAAAAGCUAAUACAAUAAAGAAAAAAACGAACAAAUAAAUUUUUAUUAGUUCCAAUAUUUUUCACGUUAUGAAUAAUAUGAAGAAGUAUCGCUUUUUAUUUAAAUGUUAUAUACUAAUUUAGUAUCGACUGUUGAAGGAGGCCUUUAUUUUUAUUUAUUUUUGUGGAUGUUUUAAUAAAAUAUGUAUAAUAAA